AUGAAAUAAUUGUAUAGAAUAAAAUGACUGUGUGUGUGUGUGUGUGUGUGUGUGUGUGUGUGUGUGUGUGUGUGUGUGUGUGUGUGUGUGUGUGUGUGUGUGUGUGUGUGUGUGUGUGUGUGUGUAUGUAUACAUUUAUUUGCAAACGCACAUUAUUGAAUGAUCAUUUAAAUAAAUCUGUUUACAGAUAGAAUAUUUUCCAGUUUGAUAAUCACUUCAAGCACAAUUAUUGCCUCCUCAGCCACCAUUAUACAUAUUUGUUUGCAGCUGCAGUUUGUUUGUUAGAGCAAGACAAUAUAAUUGUUUUCAAAAUAGAAAUUAAAGUAGUCAAAUUGUUUACUGCCGCCGCUUUUUCAGUUUGAUUGUUAGAGUAUAACAUUUUAAUCAUAUUUGUUUUCCAAUCAUUAUUGUCAAUGUUGCUGCCAAUCAUUAUUGUCAAUGAAAACUUGACAAUGUUUUUACCACCAAUCAUUAUUGACAAUGAAAACACUCACAAAACUUGACAAUGUUGCUACUUUUUUACAGUUUGUAAAUUAAUUUCAAAAAACAUUAAUAAGAUAAAAUAUUUCAUUAUACUUACGUGUUGAUGGUUGGCGUUGCUGCUUCUUCGCUUGCUGCUGCUGCUGCAGCUGAAGCUGCUGCCGCUGCUUUAUCGGAUACUGAUUGUUGGUUGUCCAUUUGCACUGUGCAUGAAACGUAUCGUCACACUAUAAUCGAAUGCAAGCAAUAUCAUGUCGCUCGAUGCUUUUAUAAUUUUGAGCCGGCCGGUCCCAUCAACUGUCAGUUUGUUAUCACGCAGAACAUGUGGGGAUAUUUGUCGCAAUAAUUAUAUAAGUAUGCAUGUGCACUGCACAAUGAAUAAAUUAAUAUCUUUCACUCAGCUAUGAAUUCAACAUUGGCAGAUGUUAAGUCCGUUACAGAUUCGCAAGGUGCACACACACAUUUUGUCCGUUAAUUUUCCUUAAGAAAUUUGCAAACGAUAUUUUUCCUUAUCAGUGUUCCGGUUAAGACGAAUGAAACAUCUGUACUAAAUUUCGCAUACAACAUAUGCACAAAACAGAUAUACUUUCUUUGAACUUCUUACCAUCUAUAUUCAUCAAGUUGAUAAUAUAUAAUGACGAAAAACUGCGUCCCUUCUGUUAGUAUCAGUUUGAAACUCCUAUAGCCUACAACACGCAGCACUACGACGAUGUAUCAGCACCAAUCAGCAGAUCAAACCUCACCUAUGGCAGCGCCAAUCAUCCAGGACAACAGCGAAACCAAUGAAAUUUACACUAACGAGAUGUGGACCGAGGACGGGGCAAUGGCUAUGCUGGAGGCCGAACUCCUACGAACCGACGCUGCACCUGUCACGACGACGGGUGCAGCCGCCAUUGAGGACGCUGGCGCCGAUUUAUUCGAUGAAGAUGAUUCAUUAAUGGAUUUACUGACCAGAGCUGAGAACCAACUGAAGGAACAAAAGCUCUGGCAGUACAGCCAUCCUCUUCAUCGAGCAGAUCAGCGCCAGCAACAGGUUUCCAGCAUAGCCAUCGACCGCCCUCCCCCUUCAUCGCCCCAACAUCAAUCAUCACCAUCGCCAUCACAUUGCCAGCAGCUUGUGGUAUACACACCACCACCCCCCGCCACCCGAGCUGCUGCAUUCAACUGUUUCCCACCGCACAACCGGAUCCCCCCCGCCGCAACCACAAGAAUCCCCCCCGCCUUCACCGCCACAACAAGAAUCCCCCCCGCCUUCACCGCCACAUCAUCACGCCAACAAGGAUUUCCCCCCGCCGCCUCUACCUCCGCCUCCACCACAACAAAUCACCCUUAUAGACGUCCACGCGCAAUCUUAGGAUCUAACUCUAUGCGUCAUGAACAGCACUUUGAUUUCGAUGGACUGAUAAGGUUUUCAGAUCCAUCCCGGCGUCGUACAAUUGCGUUAAAACAUUUAUCCGAUGCAUUUCAGUAUCCUGUUUUAGGUGCGCGUGUUGUGCGCUCCUACAACAAGGAUGCUGUUAUCAUCAGGGUAGCAAAUGUAGGACGUCGGGGCAACGAAGAUGCCGAAAUUGAAACUUUCAUGCCGCAUAGAUUUACUACUAAGAUUACGCGUGCGAAUGUGCAGUCGUUUAAUUCAGGUUGCCACAAUUUAAUAAUGCAAGUUGUACAUAGUGAAGGUCGUUCCUCUGAUAUAAGGCUGAAUCGGCGGCCGCUGCGAUAGCAGCAGCCGUAGAUU